AACGACGAGUUUCUGGUUUAACUUCCAAAGUCGGAAGAAACCGAGCUGAUUCGAGAUCAUACUAUACUCAUUCGAUCUUUCCCUUACAAAGACAUUGCAAUGAGGCAAAGACAGAGCCCUACAGUUUCAUCAUCAGCAAAUACACACGCAACCCAAAACCAAAUUCCUACAAGAUCACAACAACACAAGAAAGCCCCACAAUUCGAUCUGCUAGACUCACCCAAGAAUCUCUAUCUAUUUUGCUUGGCCUUUCGAAUAGUCAAUGCUCUGUUGGUUCAGACAUAUUUCAACCCAGAUGAGCACUGGCAAGCUCUUGAAGUUGCUCACCGCAUCACUUUUGGGUUUGGCCAUUUGACGUGGGAAUGGAAGCAGGGGAUUCGGAGCUACUUGCAUCCUUUGCUCUUUGCUUUCCUUUACAAAGUGCUCGCCUUAUUGGGUCUUGAUACCCCAUUGUUCAUGAUUAAGUCUCCUCGGCUAUUCCAGUCCCUAUUCUCUGCAUUUGGUGAUUUAUACCUGUACAAACUCUCUGUCGUCCUCUUUGGUGAUCAGGUUGCAAAAUGGGCUCUUUUUUCCCAAUUGACAAAUUGGUUUAUGUUUUUCUGCCUCAAUCGUACGUUGUCAAAUAGUCUGGAGACUAUUCUAACCAUUGUGAGCUUGUACUACUGGCCCUGUAUCAGGCCUUCUUCUAGCAAACUUCCCUUGGGAUCUAGAAAGUGGGGUUUGAUUUUUGCUGCAUUAGCUUGUGCUAUUCGACCAACAAGUGCUAUCAUAUGGCUUUAUGUUGGGAUCCUUGAGCUACUUGUGUCAUGCGAUAAACCCAGAUUCAUAUUUUUAGAGGUGGCUCCUAUUGGGGUCCUGGUGCUUGGUCUUACAUUUUUAGUAGAUCGAUUGAUGUACGGCUCAUGGAUCUUAGUACCUCUAAAUUUUCUAAGAUUCAAUUUUCUUUCAUCUGGUGGAGAUUAUUAUGGAACACACAAGUGGCACUGGUACUUCACUCAGGGAUUUACUGUCAUGGUAUUCACUUAUUUGCCAUUUUCUAUAGCUGGCAUCAUGCAGUCGAAACAAUGGAAGCUUUCUGGCCUUAUUGCAUGGGUUCUUGGACUUUAUAGUGUACUAGGCCACAAAGAAUUCAGGUUUGUAUUGCCUGUGCUUCCCAUAGCUUUGAUCUUCUCUGGAUACGCUUUAGCUGAAUUGAAAUCAUCAAUUUCUGGAUGUGGUCAAAGGAAGGAAUCGGCAGAUUACCAUAAUAAAUGCCCUGCAAAAAUGCACUUGGCCAUCUUUUUCUUGCUUGCUACCAAUAUUCCAAUGGCCUUGUAUAUGAGUUUGGUUCAUCAGAGAGGAACUGAAGAUGUUACAUACUACCUGUCCAAAGAAGUGGUUGAGGGAAAAGUAACAGAUAUACUUUUUCUAAUGCCUUGCCACGCCACACCUUAUUACUCUACUGUACACCGAAACCUUCCAAUGCGAUUCCUAGACUGCACACCAAGUGAAGAGAAGGGAACCCCAGAUGAAUCAGAUCGAUUCAUGAUGGAUCCUGUAGGUUUCGCAUCAGAAUUUGCCAAAAAUUGGUCAUUACCGAGUCAUAUUGUAAUAUUUGAUUCGGAAGAGAAGAAGUUACGGGAUUUUCUAGUCUCCCAUUCUUUCAAAGAGAUAAAAAGAUUUUUCCAUGCUCACUUUAAAGUGGAUCAUGAUCUUCAAGCAUCGGUCGUUGUAUAUGCUUUGACAGGCUCAUGAUUAUUGUUUAUGCACUGAUAAAUCGGCAAUGAAGUCUUUCGCUUCAGUUGUUGUUCAACUAGCUGAAUCUCCAUAGCUUGGACUAAUUGGGUGACGUGCUUGCAUCGGCGGAGAUCAACAUCAUAUCUUCUUUAGUAUGUAAUAAUUCUUUCCAACCUCAAAUCUUUUUUAAUUAAAAUUAUUAUUGUCAUUCCUCCAUUAACAUCAGGAAAAAAGAAUUAUCA